AAAAGAAGAUAAGAUAAAAUAGUAAUAUAAUAAUUGUCAUUUUAUGUGCUUCGCGCACAUAGUAGUCAGCUGCUAUGUCGUUUAUACCAACUGGAGAAAGUGAAUAGCCUUCAAUCCCCAUUUGUACCGUCUACAUAUCACGAAUAGCUUUAGUCCUGUCUCAGUCCUCGCUCACUGAUCGUCGCUUAAAAGUAAUAAGAGAAAUAAAAUAUCGUAGUAAAUCAAGAAACCAUCGACAUUACCAAAUUUGUAAAAUCGAGAAAAUUCGCGAAAAAAAAGAAUAAGGAGAACUAGAAUUCUGUAAAAGUCAUACAAUGUCACGAUCAUGAACGUGAAAUACUUUUGCUGUCACAAGAAAUAAGAGAAGUGUCCAAUAACUUAUAACGAAAUAAUGCUGGAAAUUAUAUUCUGGUUGUUCAUCAUUUUAUUGUCGUCGUUGAUAGUUUUGAGUGUCGUCACUAGAAUCGGCAGCACUCUGUGGCAGAUCAUUGUGCCGAUUAUCGACUGGAAACCGAUUGAUUUACGAACAAAGUUCGGCGAUUGGGCAGUGGUGACUGGAUCUACCGAUGGCAUUGGCAAAGCUUAUGCAAAAGAAUUAGCCUCAAGAGGAAUAAACCUGGUGCUAAUCAGUCGAAAUUUGGAGAAGCUGGAGAAAACAAAGAAUGAAAUUACGCAAGAGAAUCCAACAAUUGAAGUAAAAAUAAUCGUGGCGGAUUUCAGUAAAGGGAAAGAAAUUUUCGAGAAGCUUGCGAAACAGCUUGAAAAUAUUCCAAUUGGUAUCUUAGUAAACAACGUGGGUUUGAUGUAUAAUUAUCCAAUGUACGUCGGAGAGGUCCCAGAAGAUAUGUUAUGGGACAUCAUUAAUGUAAAUAUCGGAGCUACUACGUUAAUGACACGAAUAGCCAUUGGACAAAUGCAAAAACGUGGAAAAGGCGCCAUCGUUAAUUUAUCAUCCGGUUCAGCGUUCCAACCAUUACCAUUAAUGGCCGUAUACGCUGCGACGAAAAUUUAUAUCAAAAGCUUUUCUGAGGCGCUCAGAGUAGAGUAUUCUAAAUUUGGAUUAACAGUACAGAAUUUAACUCCGUACUUUGUCAGUACAAAUAUGAACGCGUACAGUAAUCGAUUACAGGUAUCUAAUAUUUUUGUGCCUAACCCGACGACUUAUGCUAAAAAUGCGAUUAACACACUUGGAAAGGUAAAUUCCAGUACGGGCUACUGGACCCACGAAAUUCAGAAGAUCAUAAUUCUACUUUCACCGGUGCAACUAAGAACGAAGAUUGGAAUGUUUAUGAAUAAGAAUUUAAGAAAUGAAUAUUUUAAACAGAAGGGAAAUAAUUAAACACCAGACAAUGUAUAUACCGGUAAUUAGUGAUUAGAUCAAAACCCUUAUAACUGUUAAAAUAAAAAAUUUAUUCCUAAUAUA